UUAGCAGUCACAAGAACCUAGCACAACAUUAUGCCAAACCAGGGCUCAGUUUCAACGAUCAGAAACUACUUACAACUUCUCGAAGGCUGCAUCGAAUCAAAAUCACUCAAACAAGGCAGAGUAAUCCAUCAAUGCCUGCUCAAAUCCAACGGUGAAGAUUUCAGCGCCCAAUCAUCAACCCUAGACAAGCUCACUCGUCUCUACAUUUCAUGCAAGAAGCCUCAACUUGCUCACCGAGUCUUCAACUCAAUCCCAAUUCAAGAAAGGAAGAACAAGACUAUAUUAUGGAACCAAAUGAUCAGAGCUUACGCGUGGGACGGACCAUUCGAGAAAGCCGUCGAUUUGUACGAUGAGAUGGUGGGUUCUGGGAUCACUCCGACAAAGUACACCUACCCUUUUGUGCUCAAGGCUUGUUCUGCUUUGCUGGAUGCGGAAACUGGUGUCAAGAUUCAUGCGCAUGCGAAAAGACAGAGUCUUGACGGUGAUGUUUAUGUGUGUACUGCGUUGGUGGACUUUUAUCUGAAGUGUGGCCGUUUGGGGGAUGCGCGGGAAGUGUUCGACGGAAUGCCUGAGAGAGAUGUUGUGGCAUGGAAUGCUAUGGUUUCGGGUUUUUCGUCGCACGGGUGUUACUGGGAUGCUGUUGGGUUAGUUUUGGAGAUGCAGCACCAAGGGAUGGAACCUAAUUCUUCCACGGUUUUGGCUGUUUUGCCUGUAAUUGGGGAGGCGAGUAGAUUGAACGAAGGAAAGGCUGUUCAUUGUUUUUGCUUUAGAAAGGGUAUUAAGUUUGAUGUCAUGGUUGGGACUGCGAUUCUUGAUAUGUAUGGGAAAUGUGGGUUGUUGGUUUACGCAAAGAAGAUUUUCCAUGGAUUGACGAUAAAAAACGAGGUUACGUGGAGUGCUAUUAUCGGAGCUUGUGUUACCUGUAAUUCUAUAGGAGAGGGUUUGGAAUUUUUCGAAAAAAUGAGGAUGGAGUUGUACGGUAGUCCUUCACCUGUUAUGCUUGCGACGGUAGUUCGUGGUUGUGCGAAGCUGAACGAUUUGAACAUAGGGAAGCAGCUUCACUGCUACACGAUUAAGUUGGGGUUUAAUUCGGAAUUAAUGGUCGGAAACACACUUCUUUCGAUGUACGCAAAAUGUGGGUCAGUAGACGAUGCGAUGAAAUUCUUUGAGCCAAUGCAGUUCAAAGAUUCCGUUUCUUACAGCGCUCUAAUCUCUGGAUGUGUACAAAAUGGUUACGCCGAAGAAGCUCUACAAAUGUUCAACAAAAUGCAGCUUGCAGGUGUUGUGCCAGAAUUGGCGACCAUGAUGGGCUUUCUGCCAGCGUGCUCUUAUUUAUCCGCAUUGCAACAUGGAAUAUGUGGGCACAGCUAUUCAGUGGUACGUGGAUUCGCAUCGGAUAUCUCGAUUUCCAAUGCUCUAAUUGACAUGUACAGUAAGUGCGGUAAGGUGGAUUCCGCUCGGCGUGUGUUCGAUAAUAUGUCUCACAGAGAUGUAGUCUCGUGGAAUGCAAUGAUCGUAGGCUAUGGUAUUCACGGCUUGGGAAAAGACGCGAUUACUUUAUUCCAACAAAUGCAAAAUGGGCCCCACAAACCGGACGAUGUAACGUUCAUUGCUCUCCUCUCAGCUUGCAGCCAUGCAGGGCUUGUUACAGAGGGGAAGCAUCUAUUUCUCGUCAUGAGUAAAGAAUUUAAUAUUGCUCCAAAAAUGGAUCACUAUUUUUGCAUGGUCGAUUUGUUGGGUCGUGCGGGUUUUUUAGAUGAGGCUCACAAACUCAUUAAAACGAUGCCGUUUGAGGCAGAUGCUCAUAUAUGGAACGCGUUACUCUCGGCUUGUAGGACCCACAAAAAUAUUGAACUAGGAGAAGAAGUUUCUAGUAAAAUCCAGGCUGUGGGACCCACAAGCACUGGAAAUUUCGUUCUGUUGUUUAAUUUGUACACCACUGCUCGAAGAUGGGACGAUGCUGCGAAUGUUCGGAUCCACCAAAAGGAACUAGGGUUCAAGAAAAAACCGGGGUGUAGUUGGAUAGAAGUGAAUGGGAAUAUUCAUGCAUUUGUCGGAGGCGAUUUGUCUCAUAAAGAAUCGUACGAAAUAUAUAAGAAAUUGGAGGAUCUUUUUACGGAAAUGAAAAGAUUGGGUUAUAAUACGGAGUCCGAUUUCGUUUACCAUGAUGUGGAGGAAGAGGAGAAAGAAAAGAUUCUUCUCUAUCACAGCGAAAAGCUUGCUGUUGCGUAUGGACUUAUUAGUCUUAAAGAAGACAAGCCUAUUGUUAUUACAAAGAAUUUGAGGGUUUGCGGAGAUUGUCAUACUGCUCUGAAAUAUAUAACAAUUAUUACUAAGAGAGAAAUAACCGUUAGAGACACGAGCCGAUUUCAUCAUUUUAGAGAUGGAAUAUGCAGCUGUGGAGAGUUUUGGUGACACACAAAUUUCAAUAUCAUUUCUUCUAAUUGUACUAACUGAUAAAGAGAGCUUCAAAUAUGUCGUAUUUGGUUAUAUUGUCGGUAGCCUUGAAUAUUAGUUUAAUUCCUUGUAUUGUUUGUAGUUCGAUUAAAUGAAUGCUCGCUUCAUUUUUUUGAGGUAAAUAAUCUCCUACACGCAACACCAUGUGACGAGCAUUCGGUAUAGCAUCCUCCUAAUUUUAUCCGCACGCAAUAAUGCAGAUACGCUGCGAAUUAACUUA